ACUCACUGUCCUACGCCCGCUUUCAUCGAUGGACGCCAAAUCGAGAAAUGCGCUUCUCUUUUCCCUCUCCCUCCUCUUGUCCAUCUCCGCCACUUUCUCCGCCCCUCUCCGCUACCAAACCUUGACCCCUGGCCGCCUCCCCACCCCUUCUGCUCUCUCAUGGCAGGACACGGACACCGCCGCUGAAUUCAAUGAUGCCGAGUUGGAGACGGAUCUUACCACCAACAAUACUCUUCCUGUGCACUUACAGUUACACCACCUGGAUGCGUUAUCGUCCGAUGCGACUCCCGAGCAGCUUUUCGACCUCCGGCUCCAGCGCGAUGUUCAACGCGUACAGACUCUGUUCUCACUUGCGGCGGCGGCCGUCACCCGUAACCGCACGCGCGGUGUUGGUGGUGGAUUCAGUAGCUCCGUCAUUUCCGGACUCGCCCAAGGCAGUGGCGAGUACUUCACGCGCCUGGGAGUCGGUACUCCUCCGAGGUACCUGUAUAUGGUUUUGGAUACCGGCAGCGAUGUCGUUUGGGUACAGUGUGCUCCUUGUGCGAAGUGCUACUCCCAGACUGACCCGGUUUUCGACCCUUCCAAAUCUCAGUCUUACUCCGUCGUUCCCUGCGGGUCUCCUCUCUGCCGCCGCCUCGAUUCGUCGAGGUGCAACCGAAAGCGGACGUGUAUGUACCAGGUGUCAUACGGUGACGGUUCGUUCACCACCGGUGACUUCUCCACCGAAACGCUGACGUUUCGCAAGAGCAAAGUAGCAAGCGUUGCGAUCGGGUGCGGCCACGACAAUGAAGGUCUGUUCGUGGGUGCAGCGGGUUUACUGGGACUUGGUCGGGGGAGAUUGUCGUUUCCUACACAAACCGGUCGCCGGUUUAACCGGAAGUUCUCUUACUGUUUGGUUGACAGGUCAUCUUCCUCGAAACCAUCCUCCAUGGUUUUCGGUGACUCUGCCGUCUCCCGAGCUGCCCGAUUCACUCCGUUACUAACAAACCCUAAGCUCGACACUUUCUACUACGUCGAACUUCUGGGAAUCAGCGUCGGUGGCACCCGCGUUCCGGGAAUCAUUCCCUCUUUGUUCAAAUUGGAUCCGGCCGGAAACGGAGGAGUCAUUGUUGAUUCGGGCACAUCGGUAACCCGACUUACCCGACCCGCAUAUAUCGCCAUGAGGGAUGCGUUCCGGACUGGUGCAUCGAGUCUGAGGCGAGCUCCCGACUUCUCCUUAUUCGACACAUGCUUCGAUCUGUCGGGCAAGACAGAAGUUAAGGUCCCAACGGUGGUGCUGCAUUUCCGAGGAGCAGACGUGUCGUUGCCGGCGACGAACUACUUAAUCCCUGUGGACGACAGCGGGACAUUUUGCUUUGCCUUUGCGGGUACCAUAAGUGGGUUGUCGAUUAUUGGGAACAUCCAGCAACAAGGAUUCCGGGUCAUUUACGAUUUGGCGGGUUCAAGAGUCGGGUUUACUCCGCGCGGAUGCAUGUAAAAUGGUACUAGUAUUAUUUUUUAUUUUUGCUUGCUAAUGUUCCAGGGAAAAAACUACAUUCCCUGUUUUUAUUUCAUAUUUAAUUUCUCUUUUUUUAAGAAUGAAAAUAGAUUUAAAAAAAAAAAAGAGAGAGAGAGAGAGAGAGAGAGAGAGAAGUCUUUCUUGGAUUGGGAAAUAUGGAAUCCGAGGGAAGAGUGAAGAAGAAGAAGAAAAUUGAAGAAAGGGUGUUAGAAUUUAGGACUUUGGGGAAUGUUGUUUAAGCGGUUCACGUGUUGUCUGUUUUGUAUUUUGUUUGAUUUUAUUUUAAUUAUAUUAUCUGCUCAAAAAGGAAAUUAAUCUUAAAUAUGAAG